AUGCUUAGAUCAAUUUAUCAGGGUUCUAACAAGCACUGUUUUGAUAGUUUGCGCCUAACUAAACGGUCCUUUGUGGACCUGUGCGCUAUCUUGCGUGAAAGAUGUGGUUUGGGGGACACAUUUUAUGUGUCGGUUGAAGAAUCAGUCACAAUGUUUCUGCUAGUGCUAAGCCAUGGGAUGAAAUACCGGUUAAUUGAAAGCACGUACAGAUGGGCACUCGAGACCAUCAGUAGGCAUUUCAAUGAGAUCUUAAGAGCUGUCCUUUCCUUGUCUCAUGAGUUUAUAAAGCUACCAACCCCUUCAGCUGAGCAGCCCGAGGAUAGUAGAUGGAAAUGGUUUCCAGAUGGGCUAGGAGCUUUAGAUGGCACACAUGUUGAUGUCCGUGUUUCCGCUCUCAAGCAAGGCAGAUACAGGAAUAGAAAGCAAGAUGUGACCACUAAUGUGCUUGGUGUUUGUGACCGGAAUAUGAAGUUUUUGUAUGUCUUAGCUGGAUGGGAAGGUUCUGCAUCUGAUUCACGAGUGUUGCGAGAUGCAAUGUCACGACAAGACGCUUUUAGAGUUCCACAUGGAAGAUAUGGAUGUGGAGAAGAAAGGAGGUAGAAACUACCUUACCUGGACGGAUGAAAUGGAUGAAGCAAUGCUGAAUGUGUUCGUGGAGCAUUACAAUAGAGGGGAUCGUGCUCAAAAUGGGUGGAAGCCACAUGUUUACACUGCAGUUGUCAAGAAUGUUCGAGCCAAGUGCAAUGUGGAUAUCACAAAGGAGAAUGUCAUAUCAAGGUGCAAGACUAUUGAUAGACACUAUGUCAAUGUCAGCAAGAUGUUGUCAACGAGUGGUUUUGGGUGGGAUUGGAUCCAUAACAAGCUUAUGGUUGAUAGUGAGGACGUGUGGAGCAACUAUGUCAAGGCAAACAAAGAUGCCGCAUGCUACAGGCACAAGGUCAUAAAGUUUUGGGACUCUAUCAGCCUUGUCUUCUCGAAGGAUCAUGCCACCGGAACCGGAGCCAGAACUGCUCGUGAAAGUGCAGCGGAAAUGGCUGCAGAGAAUGUCAACAACAUCAACACUGAUUCUGCCGCAACAUCUUCAACCCAAAUCGGCGAGGAACAGAAGAGGAAAAGAUGUCGAAUGGAUGACUCAAUUGCAUAUAUGCUUGGAGAGAAACUGGAUAAUUUUACCAGUGCCUACAAAGCUGAUAUCGCUCAAGUUGCUCCUCCUGAGAAACCCUCCUCUCCUGAAGAAAUACUUGAUGCUCUCAAUGCAAUUGUGGGACUGGAUGAUGAUGGCUUGCUAGCAGCUUAUGAUAUCCUCAUAGCAGAUGACCGCAAGUUCAAGGCUCUUAAGGCGCUGCCUGAAAGGAUGAAGAAGAAAUGGAUCCUCAAGCAAAUCAACCAAUGA